CCCGGGCUGCCUUUCCGCGCCCGACGGGGUUGCUGGGUCCUUGUGACCCUCCGUGCCAGGCCGCGGAGAAAGGCGCGGAAAAUGAUUCGAGACGGGGGCUCACAGAGGACCCCACCCCCUCCUCUCGAGCCCUCUGGUGUCCUAAGGGACCCGGAGCGGCCUGCGAGCCUGAGCUCCGGCUUUCGCCCCCGAGUCCCCUAAUUACGCGAGUUCUCCGGAAAGCAAAGCGCGCUUUCCGGGGCACGGUCCAGAAGCCUGCGUGCGUGGCGUCCUAAGCACCUCCUUUGGUUAGGGGACCCCUGAGAUCAGCCAGCCAGACAGAGUGAGGGGCAGUGGGCUUGACUGGGAGUUCGCACUGCCACAGAGGCUCAGGGCCAUGGCUGGGCCUCAGGGCGCCCCAGGAACCACAGAGUGGGACUGGUCAGGGCAACCCAAGAGGCCUGGGGGUUUAGACAGGGCCUGUGGUGCCUCGGGAGGGCUGUGUGUGCCGGAGAGUGGAUUUUUAUGUGUACCCCAACAGAGCUGGCCUGGGGUGGACGGUGGAGUUGAACAGACAUUAGCAGAAGGAGGGAAGGACGGGUGUCCAGUCAUUACUGUGGCGACCAACGCUGAGAGAGGGUGACACAGACUUCGGUGCACAGAGCCCUGAUGCGUGGUCUUCACUGAGCUUGGCUAUGUAUCACGGGCAGCUGAGGGUCUGUGGAUGCUGUCUGGAGGGAAAAGCUUGCUUCCAACCACAUGAGCAAACUCAAUGACCAACUCCUUCCAGGAGGAAAGAACUGGAACCAGAACCCCAUCGAGCAGAGGUGGCUCCAGAGUCCAGCCUGCCUUGAAGAAGCCCCAGCCAGAGCCCAUGGCAGGUGUCUGUGACAGGGCCCCAGAUUUCCUCUUUCCAGCUGGAGAUCAGGCCCUAGGACCUUCCCUGGGCAGUGCAGUUGCUCUGAACUGCACGGCUUGGGUGGUAUCUGGGCCCCACUGCCCCCAACCUUCAGUCCAGUGGCUAAAAGAUGGGCUUCCACUGGGCAACAUAAACCACUACCAUGAGGACUCCUGGGUCAAGACCAACUCCUCAGAGGUGCUUGUGUCCAGUGUCCUGUGCAUCAAUGUGACCAAUGCUGAGGACUAUGGGACCUUCACCUGCUCUGUCCACAACAUCAGCUCCUCUUCCUUCACUCUUCAGAGAGCUGGCCCAGCAGGCCAUGUAACUGCGGUACUGGCCGCCUUCCUGGUCUUGCUGGUCCUGCUGCUUGCAGGGCUGCUCUAUGUGAAGUGUCGCCUCAACGUGCUGCUCUGGUACCAAGACAGGCAUGGGGAGGUGGAGAUGAACGACGGGAAGCUCUACGACGCCUUCAUCUCCUACAGCGACUGCCCGGAGGACAGCAAAUUCGUGAACUUCAUCCUGAAGCCGCAACUGGAGCGGUGUAGGGGUUACAAGCUCUUCCUGGACGACCGCGACCUUCUACCGCGUGCCGAGCCCUCUGCAGACCUCCUGGUGAACCUGAGCCGCUGCCGGCGCCUCAUCGUGGUGCUUUCGGACGCCUUCCUGGGCCGGCCCUGGUGCAGCCACAGCUUCCGGGAGGGCUUGUGCCGGCUGCUGGAGCUGACACGCAGACCCAUCUUCAUCACCUUCGAGGGCCCGCGGCGCGACCUGGCGCACCCUGCGCUGCACCUGCUGCGCCAGCACCGCCACUUGGUCACUCUACUGCUCUGGAGGCCAGGCUCUGCGAUGCCAUGCUCCGAUUUUUGGAAAGAGCUACAGCUUGCACUGCCGCGGAAGGUGCAGUACAGGCCAGUUGAGGGGGACCCCCAGACCCACCUUCAAGAUGACAACGACCCCAUGUUGAUCGUGCGAGGCCAUGCCACUGAGGGCCGGGCUGUGGAGCAGGAGCUGGAUCCUGAUCCUGAGGGAGACCUGGGUAUGCCUGCCCAGCUGACCAAGAUAGCCCAGGGUGUACGAGGGCCUGUCUUUGGGGAGCCACCAGCCCCACCGCAUGCAAGUGGGGUUUCGAUGGGAGAGGGCCAUAGCAGCGAGAUGGACAUCUCCGACCUUGGCUCCCGAAACUACAGUGCCCGCACAGAUUUCUACUGCUUGGUGUCUGAGGAAGAUGUGUAGCCCAUGCCCCAGUCUGGGACCCAGAAGCAGGCAGGUUCCCACCAUGCAGGACACAAGCUCUGCCUCUAGCCCAGGGCCCCUCAGAGAAGGAGUGUGGCCCCAAGGU